AUGGCUAAGUCAUUUGGAGCUCUCUUCCUCUUGGCCCUCAUUGUCUUCUCCAUGCUUCAAACCAUGGCUAUGGCCUCAAAGUAUCGAGGGAAGUGGAACCCGAAGUGGAACCCGAAAAAUUAUGGACCAGGAAGCCUGAAACGUUCCCAAUGCCCCAAGGAAUGUAAUAGGAGGUGUGGCGAUACACAGUACAUCAACGCGUGCCUUUUGUUCUGCAACAAAUGCUGCAGGAAGUGUUUGUGUGUGCCUCCGGGUUAUUAUGGGAAUAAACAAGUUUGCUCUUGCUACAACAACUGGAAAACCAAAGAGGGUGGACCAAAAUGCCCUUGA